GCAAGGCGCGGGGGUCACAUGACCAGGAGCGUAAACGCGUCGGCGGCGUCCGAGGCGGCUGUGCGCGGUGCGUUCGCGGCCUACUUUCCUUCCUUCCUUCGCCGGUCGCGUCGAGAGGGACGGGCCGCUGUUCUUUCGGCUGCGCUUGCGGUUACUGCUAAAAAUGUCUUUCCCGCCUCACUUGAAUCGCCCUCCUAUGGGUAUUCCAACUCUUCCGCCUGGAAUUCCACCUCCACAGUUCCCAGGUUUUCCUCCACCUGUACCUCCUGGGACACCAAUGAUUCCUGUGCCAAUGGGUAUUAUGGCUCCUGCACCAACGGUGUUGGUCCCAACUACUGUGUCAAUGGUUGGAAAGCACAUAGGAAUCAGAAAGGACCAUCCAGGUCUAAAAAACAAGGAAAAUGAUGAAAAUAGUGGUCCUACUACAACCGUCUUUGUAGGCAAUAUAUCUGAAAAGGCAUCAGACAUGCUCAUAAGACAGCUUCUUGCUAAAUGUGGUCUGGUUUUGAGCUGGAAGAGAGUUCAAGGAGCAUCUGGAAAACUUCAAGCCUUUGGUUUUUGUGAGUAUAAAGAACCAGAAUCCACACUACGGGCACUCAGGUUACUUCAUGAUCUUCAAAUUGGAGAAAAGAAACUACUUGUGAAAGUUGAUGCCAAGACAAAAGCUCAGCUAGAUGAAUGGAAGGCAAAGAAAAGGGCUUCCAAUGGGAACUCCAGGCCAGAAACUACAACUGAUGAUGAAGAAGCACUUGAUGAAGAUGCAAAGAGAAGAGACCAGCUAAUUAAAGGGGCCAUUGAAAUUUUAAUACGGGAAUAUUCCAGCGAGCUCAAUGCCCCCUCCCAAGAGUCUGACUCUCAUCCCAGGAAGAAGAAAAAGGAAAAGAAGGAGGACAUUUUCCGCAGAUUUCCAGUGGCCCCACUGAUACCUUAUCCACUCAUCACCAAGGAGGAUAUAAAUGCUAUAGAAAUGGAAGAAGAUAAAAGGGACCUCAUAUCCCGAGAGAUCAGUAAAUUCAGAGAUACUCACAAGAAAUUGGAGGAGGAAAAAGGCAAAAAGGAAAAAGAGAGACAAGAAAUUGAAAAAGAACGCCGUGAAAGAGAAAGGGAACGGGAGCGUGAGAGAGAGAGAAGGGAGCGUGAAAGAGAGAGGGAAAGAGAGCGUGAACGAGAGAAGGAGAAGGAGCGGGAGCGUGAACGAGAAAGAGAUAGAGAUCGGGACCGCACUAAAGACAGAGACCGGGACAGGGAAAGAGAUCGGGACAGAGACCGUGAAAGAAGCUCAGACCGCAACAAAGAUCGGAGCAGAUCUAGGGAAAAAAGCAGAGACAGAGAAAGGGAACGGGAACGGGAGAGAGAGCGGGAACGGGAGAGAGAGCGGGAACGAGAGCGAGAAAGAGAAAGAGAGCGGGAAAGGGAACGAGAAAAGGACAAGAAAAGAGAUAGAGAAGAAGAUGAAGAAGAUGCGUAUGAGCGCCGUAAACUGGAAAGGAAGCUACGAGAAAAAGAAGCAGCUUAUCAAGAGCGCCUUAAAAACUGGGAGAUCAGAGAACGAAAGAAAGCUAGAGAAUAUGAGAAAGAAGCUGAGAGGGAAGAAGAAAGACGAAGGGAGAUGGCAAAAGAAGCAAAACGUCUAAAAGAAUUUCUAGAAGAUUAUGAUGAUGACAGAGAUGAUCCCAAAUACUACAGAGGAAGUGCUUUGCAGAAGAGAUUGCGAGACAGGGAGAAGGAAAUGGAAGCAGAUGAACGGGAUAGAAAAAGAGAAAAGGAAGAACUGGAAGAAAUCAGGCAACGUCUUCUUGCAGAAGGACACCCAGAUCCUGAUGCUGAAUUACAAAGAAUGGAACAAGAGGCUGAAAGACGCCGGCAGCCACAAACCAAACAGGAGCCAGAAUCUGAGGAAGAGGAAGAAGAAAAGCAAGAAAAAGAAGAGAAGAGGGAAGAACCUGAAGAGGAGGAGGAAGAGCCAGAACAAAAGCCCUGCCUUAAACCAACACUACGACCCAUUAGUUCUGCUCCAUCCGUUUCAUCUGCAAGUGGCAAUGCAACUCCCAACACUCCAGGAGAUGAAUCUCCUUGUGGCAUCAUCAUCCCACAUGAAAAUUCUCCUGAUCAGCAACAACCAGAGGAAUAUAGGCCUAAAAUAGGACUAAGCCUUAAACUUGGUGCAUGCAAUAGUCCUAACCAGCCCAAUGCUGUGAAAAGAAAGAAACUCACUGUAGACAGUGUCUUCAAUAAAUUUGAAGAUGAAGACAGUGAUGACAUGCCACGGAAAAGGAAACUGGUACCUCUGGAUUAUGGUGAUGAAGACAAAGGCUCUUCCAAAGGCAGCGUCAACACCGAAGAGAAGCGGAAACACAUUAAGAGUCUAAUUGAGAAAAUCCCUACUGCCAAACCAGAGCUGUUUGCUUAUCCUCUUGACUGGUCUAUUGUGGAUUCAACAUUAAUGGAACGUCGAAUUAGACCUUGGAUCAACAAGAAAAUAAUAGAAUAUAUUGGUGAAGAAGAAGCAACACUAGUCGACUUUGUUUGUUCAAAGGUUAUGGCUCACAGCUCACCACAAAGCAUCCUGGAUGAUGUUGCUAUGGUGCUAGAUGAAGAAGCAGAGGUUUUUAUAGUGAAAAUGUGGAGAUUAUUGAUAUAUGAAACAGAAGCGAAAAAAAUUGGCCUGGUGAAAUAAUGAAUCAUUUUUGUUUUUAGGGCUCCAUUUCAAUUUUUUUGUUUCACAUCACUGAAGAACUUUGAAGUUUCUCUGUCUUCAGAGGCAUUUGUGAGACCUGUAUUUUUUAAAUGUAGAAAAUGUGAAUUUUUUUUUCAUCCUCUGUUACACUGAGGUUCCCCUUGUUCCACUUCUAAGCUUCCUUGGUUGUAAUUAUUUGAAUCCUGCAUUGGUGGUUUUUCAUUUACCAGGUACAGUUACAGGAAUGGUUUAUAAAUUGCAGCUGCUGUAUACAGUCUCCAAAAUUCAUCUUCUAAACUGAUCCUGUAAAUAUUAAAAAGACCCAUGUUAGAAAACAUCUGCACUUACUACAUACAAAAAUAGUCAUUUUUAUGUAAAUGCAUCCCUCUUUCUUUGCUCUCCAUUUUUAAAGAUAAGAAUAAACUUUAAAAUUCAAAAGAUGAAUGGGAGUUAUUUUGCUGACACUCAGUUUUUAUCUGCAUGGAUGUGGGCCUAUUCCCUCGUUGGAUUCCAUAAAAUUUCUGGACGAACCUGCAGAAAUAUUGUUGGGCAUGUAUCAUCUCAAACAUCCUUACAAAGCUAUUGUUUUCAUCCUAUUAUAUGCAGCCUUGUGUUGAGUUAAACUGGUGGCACAAAUUCACACUUCUUUAAAAAUCAAGGAUUACAAGUGCACACAUUUGAAUUUAAUCCUACUAAUCUGACAUAUCCCAAAUAUUAAUUUUUUUUUAAAAAAAGCUUGGGACAUUUAUGAAAAGAAGAGGUUUGAAGAUGUAACUGAGCACAACAGUUUACAAUGUCAAAUCAUAUGUUUUCAAACAAUGCAGAAUUUUUUAAAUGUAAGACAUUGGGUCAGCUGUGACUUUAGUCUUUUCUUUCAUUCUUUUUUGUACUGUAAACUGUAAGUCAGAUUGCUAGCAGGCACGAUUUCUUGCCUUUCACUCUGUAUGGGUUUUAUACAUAAGCUGAUGUGUGGUAUAAAUAACUAUGUACUGUAAAAUGCAUUUUAAAAAAUCUCACACAUAAGUGAAAAGAUAUUCUGUACUAUGGACAUUCUUGACUGCAAGAUGAACACUUUCCAGGAAACAACAAUUGUCUCCAUUUAAAAAAAUAAGAUAUCCCGAUACCUCCCUUUCUCUGAAGAAAUACAGGCUGACUUAUAUAGAAGGGAUAUGUGACCUAAUGUUAUUGAAUUCUUGCAUUAUAGGACAGUUCCUGAGAAAUAAAACCAACUUCUUAACAAAUGGGAUCAUAUAAAGGUUCCACUGUGUAAAUAUUUCAGAUAUUAAAAGUGUAUAUAUUUGAUCUUGA